UCGUGUCAGUGUUGCCAAUCCAUAACUCACACAACUGUCUCAAUUUUGGGGUUAAGGUUUAUUUCUCGAAAAAUUCAUUUUUUGGCCCUAUUUCUCACAAUGUCGGUGGAGGACAAGCUCCAAAUGGGCCCCAAGCCGGGAGUGACGUACCCCUUGCAAGUGAUUUACUGUGGCAACUGUUCAAUGCCGAUUGAGUAUUGCGAAUAUUACCCCGAAUACGACAAAUGUAAACAAUGGCUCGAGCGCAAUCUGCCCGACGAAUUCGAAAAAGUGAAAAUCGGGGACGAGGCGAGUGAAGGAGGCGGCGGAGAAGAGGAAAAAAAGCGUCAGAAACGUGGGGGCAAAGGCAUGAUCAAGGCGAAGAAGAAGGAAGACGGGCCGAAGCAAGUGUGCGUAUCGAGGGCCCCCAGAGGCAAGAAGAAGUCGGUUACGGUGGUUACAGGGCUCAGUGGAUUUGAUAUUGAUUUGAAGGUGGCGGCGAAGUUCUUUGGGACGAGGUUUGCGUGUGGGUCUUCAGUCACAGGGGAGGACGAAAUUGUGAUCCAGGGGGACGUCAAGGAUGAUUUGUUUGAUGUGAUUCCCGAGAAAUGGCCAGAGAUUGAUGAGGACUUGAUUGAGGAUUUGGGUGACCAAAAACGAUAACUUAUCACAAAUUCGUGGAUUUAUACUUAUUACCAAUACAGUUGUGUCGUUUUUCA